AUCAUCCCAAUGCAAACAUACAUUCUUCCUCUCCAAUACUAACUAAUUCAAUAAAAUAUAUUAUAUUAUUAUAUUAUAUAUUUACGAAUCCAGAUAAUCUAUUUGAAAUUAAUUCCUCUAUACAAAAAAAAAAAAAAAAGGGCCAAACCCCUCCAAAAGCACUCUCUUCCGCCAUCUCCGGCUUCUCUCUGCACAAAACAGAACCAACAAACAAACACACGCAAAACUUGCUCUGCUGCCAUAAGAUGACACCAUGACGACGACGUCGCCACUACCACAACCACCAAACAUUGUCCGCAAGCUAUUAGUGGAAAUUAUAGAUGCACGAGAUCUAUUGCCCAAGGAUGGCCAGGGGAGCUCCAGCCCCUACGUCGUCGCUGACUUCGACGGCCAGAAAAAGCGCACUUCCACCAAGUUUCGUGACCUCAAUCCGGUGUGGAAUGAGACUCUGGAGUUUAUUGUGUCUGAUCCUGAUAACAUGGACUAUGAGGAGCUUGAAAUCGAGGUUUUUAAUGACAAGAAGUAUGGCAAUGGCAGUGGCCGUAAGAACCAUUUCUUGGGGAGGAUCAAGCUCUAUGGUUCACAGUUUGCAAGGCGUGGAGAGGAAGGACUCGUGUACUUUUCUUUGGAGAAGAAGAGCGUGUUUAGCUGGAUUAGGGGAGAGAUUGGGUUGAGAAUUUCUUAUUACGAUGAGAUAGUUGAGGAGGAGCCGCCGCCUCCUCCACCAGCGGAGAAGGAGGAGGCACCGCUACCACCGAAAUCUCCUCCAGCAGUUCUGGUGGUUGAGGAAGGCAGAGGAUUCCAGGCCCCUUCCUAUACUGAGCGUCUAGUUUAUGGCCACGGCCACUAUCCGGAGGAGUCACAUUCUCCUCCCGUUGUGGUCAUUGAAGAGUCUCCACCGCCUGUGAUUAAUGUGCAACCGGAGCCGCCGCCUCAAGAAAUGCAUCAUCCACCGGAGAUGAGGAGGAUGCAUACUGCAAGGGUUGUCAGUGGUUGUGGAGGCGGACAGAGAGUAAGAGUGUUGAAGAGACCAAAUGGAGACUACUCUCCAAAAGUGAUUACAGGCAAGUUUGGGGGAGAAAAAACGACUGAGAGGAUCCAUCCGCACGACCUCGUUGAACCAAUGCAGUAUUUGUUUAUCAGAAUCGCGAAGGCGAGAGGUUUGGCUCCCAAUAUGAGUCCAUUCGUGAAAAUCAGAACAACUACUCAUUUUGUCAGAUCUAAACCGGCGAAUCAUAGACCCGGUGAGUCCACCGACUCGCCGGAGUGGAACCAGGUGUUCGCGUUAGGCAACAACAGCCCUGUUACGGCCAGCUCCACGCUUGAGAUCUCUGUUUGGGACUCGUCAUCGGAGAACUUUCUCGGCGGCGUCUGCUUCGAUCUCUCCGAUGUGCCCGUUCGUGAUCCCCCAGACAGUCCUUUAGCUCCACAAUGGUAUAGACUCGAAGGUGACGCCGUAGACCAGAACUCUAACAGAGUAUCUGGCGACGUCCAGCUCUCCGUCUGGAUAGGCACCCAAGCAGACGACGCGUUCCCCGAGGCGCGGAGUUCAGACGCGCUGUAUAUGGAACACACUCGGUCCAAAGUGUUUCAAUCUCCCAAACUUUGGUACUUGCGAGUCACGGUGAUUGAAGCACAAGAUCUUCACAUUAUUCCAAAUCUACCUCCAUUAACGGCACCAGAGAUUCGUGUCAAAGGACAGCUAGCAUUCCAGUCCGUACGAACAAGGGGAGGAUUCAUGAACAACCACCGCGCGUCGAUCCAUUGGAAUGAGGACUUGAUUUUCGUCGCCACCGAACCUCUCGAAGACUCUCUGGUUGUGCUAGUGGAGGACCGUACAAGCAAGGAAGCUAUUCUCCUCGGCCACGUCAUCAUUCCCGUGAACACUAUCGAGCAACGUGUAGACGAGCGCCACGUGGCCUCAAAAUGGUUCGCCAUAGAAGGGGGGACCAGUGAAGGUUGUGAUGGUGGGCCUGGAGGAGGUGGGUCCUAUGGUGGGAGAAUCCAUCUACGGCUGUGCUUGGAGGGUGGAUAUCACGUGCUUGAUGAAGCGGCGCACGUGUGCAGUGACUUUAGACCAACGGCUAAGCAGCUUUGGAAGCCGGCUAUUGGCAUUUUGGAGCUGGGAAUCUUGGGGGCUCGCGGCUUGCUUCCCAUGAAAGCCAAAGAUGGAGGCAAAGGGUCCACAGAUGCUUACUGUGUUGCCAAGUAUGGUAAAAAGUGGGUCCGCACGAGAACCAUAACCGAUAGUUUUGAUCCACGUUGGAAUGAGCAGUACACAUGGCAGGUAUAUGACCCGUGUACAGUGCUCACAGUUGGAGUAUUCGACAACUGGCACAUGUUUACUGACGUGUCAGAUGACACACCAGAUUAUCGUAUUGGGAAAGUACGAAUACGCAUAUCUACAUUGGAGAGCAACAAGGUUUAUACGAACUCUUAUCCGUUAUUGGUUUUGUUACGGACCGGGUUGAAGAAAAUGGGCGAGAUUGAAUUGGCGGUCCGAUUUGCCUGCCCGUCAUUGUUACCGGAAACAUGUGCGGUCUACGGGCAAACAUUGCUUCCCAGAAUGCACUAUCUCCGCCCAAUCGGGGUGGCCCAACAGGAGGCAUUGCGUGGGGCAGCGACCAAAAUGGUAGCGGAUUGGCUUGCACGUUCCGAGCCUCCAUUGGGACCCGAGGUGGUUCGGUACAUGUUGGAUGCGGAUUCUCAUACGUGGAGCAUGAGAAAAACCAAAGCGAAUUGGUUUCGGAUCGUUGCAGUUCUCGCUUGGGCAGUCGGGUUGGCUAAAUGGUUAGACGAUAUCAAGAGGUGGAGAAACCGGGUCACAACGGUUUUAGUACACGUGUUAUAUUUAGUACUUGUUUGGUACCCGGAUUUGAUAGUCCCAACCUUGUUUCUAUACGUAUUCCUGAUUGGAGUGUGGUAUUACCGGUUCAGGCCCAAAAUACCAGCGGGUAUGGAUAUCCGACUCUCCCAAGCAGAAACGGUUGACCCGGAUGAAUUGGACGAGGAAUUCGACACAAUACCAAGUUCAAGACCACCAGAAAUCAUUAGAGCCCGAUAUGACCGGUUACGGAUGUUAGCUGCAAGAGUCCAAACAGUUUUGGGUGAUGUUGCCGCACAAGGAGAAAGGCUUCAAGCCUUGGUGAGUUGGAGGGACCCAAGAGCCACAAAGUUGUUCACAGGAAUAUGCCUUGCCAUUACUAUAAUCCUCUAUGUGGUGCCACCAAAAAUGGUGGCCGUGGCCUUGGGAUUCUAUUAUCUCCGCCACCCAAUGUUCCGGGAAGCCGUGCCGCCGACUAGCCUGAACUUCUUCCGGCGGCUUCCCAGUUUAUCGGAUCGAUUAAUCUAGCUUUUAACAGUAGUGUACUAAGUUUGUAGGUAUAGUAUUAGAAUAUGCAUUUUUUGGGCGUCAAAUUAUGGAGAUUUUGGGGAGGUUAAAAGGGUAAAAAAAAAAAAAAGGAACAAAUUGAACAACUGUCUUGAGUGUCGAAAAUUUGUGGGGAGUGGAAACUGGAAAGUUGUCAUCAACCUUUUUUGUGUGGUUGUAAUAGAAUCCUUUGACUAAAGUGGAGGAGAACUUGGAAUAAGAGAAAGCAGGGUGUGGGGGAGGGCCCAAUGCAGUUUGGUUCAGGAAGAAAAUUGAGCGAGAUUUUAGAUUGCUCUGAUAUUGUCGAGGAAAGUAUGGACAUUGAUUGAAUUUUUUCUAACAUUAUAUGAAUGAAUUGCAUUAACUUUUUUUU